UUUCCAGUUCAUGCAUGGAAAGAAAAAACAAGUGAUUUGAUUUCAAAAAGUGUUUAUGUUUACGUUAAGUAUGUAUAAGUAUAAGAAACUGUAUUGUUAAAUAUUACAUAAGAUCUAUAGGCAAAUACUUUAUGCUAACUGUUAGUUUUGUAACAAUUUUGUCCAAUGUUCAAUAAAAAUGGUUGAUACGAAUAAUGUAAGUUGGAAAUUAAUGAAAUCGCCGAAAGAAUUAGCAUCUUGGAAUUUUCCAUUAUCGGAUAUUUUAGAUAGCUACUUCAAUUCACUUCCUGAAGCAUGUAAAAUUCAAUAUGGAGAGGCAGCCGUUGUUAUUCAAAAUUCGACAAAUGCUUAUGUGCGUCGAGUAGAAGACCUUUACGAUGAAACAAGAUCUUUGAAUUAUAAAAUUAUUAAUAAUGAAUCAACAGGAGGCAACAUUAUUACUUCUAUAACUAGAAUGAAAAAAAAAAAAAAAAAAUCAGAUUUUGAUAACUUUCGUAUCCACGAAUUUGACAAAGAAAUUGGAAAAAAUAUAAAUUUAAAAUUGUAUGAAGAAAAGACUAUGAAAUUCUUACAUCACUGUUUUUCGCAGCUGGAAAAUGCUCACGUAAAUUUGGCUAUAGAAUUAGUUGAUACUGUUGGAGAAACAAUUGGGAAGAAAUAUGACUUUAGGUGCAGUCAAGGGUUAACAAAUAAUGGAUCAUUAGUUGAUGAGUUUGCGCCAACAGACUUUAUCAUCAUAGAAAAGUCAAAAGGUGCAUUCCUUAGUACACCUUUCAUCCCCAAUAAAGACGUCAUGAGAAUAAUGUCUUUAAAUAAUCAUUAUAAUAUGUCAACUGUAUCUAAUAACAUAAUUUAUAAAUACCAUUCAAAUUCAGAUACAUUACAAUUUCAAGCAAUUAAUUCUGAUACUACAAUAUCAAUACAUGAUUCAAGAUUACUCAUGUUUCAUUCUAAUGAACUUUCUAAUAUAGAAAGUCAUUUACCUACUUUCGAAUUCGUAAAUAAUAUUAGUGUUGUAUCGAAUGAUACGGAAAACGUAUUUCAUGAAUAUACGAGUCACAGAAAUGAUACUAUUAAUGAAGAAGAAAUUGAAUUUGAAAGUGGAAAUAGUAGUUAUCCAUCUAAAGCAUAUAUUCAGUGCCAUGAAGAAAAUUCAGCUACUUGUAACUAUAAACGUGCAUCAUGCAUUGUAAAAAUUAAUGAUUUAGAUGAAAGAAAAUCGUCUUUUAUUUUAGAAUACAACGUAAACAAAAACAAAAGUAAUAUCGAAAUUUCUGGUGAAAAAACAGAGUUUAAUUCAGGACUAAGAAGAAGUCAGAGAUUGUGUGUGAUGAUAAAUCCUAACUCUGAAUCUGGAAUUCAUAAUGAUCACCAUGUACUAAAACCUAUUCCAUUUCAAAAUGGUAUACCAGAUAAGAUAAACAAAAGUAGAAAAGAAUUUCAAUUACCUUGUCAUAUUGAUCUCUUAAAACAAAUCGUGGGAAAGCCGAAACGAAGAACGAAAAUAAAAAAUCGUGUGAGGCAACGGCCUGCAGUAUCAAGUGCUCAUAGGAGUAAUCCUAUUAGCGAUAAAUUUCGAAUAAUGAAAUGUUCAAAUACAUCAGAAGAUUCUUUAUUGAAGUUAGAACUUGCAGCUAUGAAAGAAGAAGUGUCGAAUAAAUUGCGCAGAUCUUACGAUGAUAUGCUUUCUAACAACCAAGAACCUGUUAAUUUUACAUCUGUGAUGAAAUCACCUACAGAUCCUAUGAAUAUUAGCCAAUGUGACUUAAGGAAGCCUACAAACUUAAAUUCAUUUGAAACAUUGUCAAAUACUGCACAUUUUAUAUCCCCAGCACACACACCUUUAGCAUUUUCUUCCUUUAAAAAUGUGACUUCGCUUUUAUCACCUUCAACAUCAAAUUUUGAUUGUUUGAUAAGCAAAUAUAAAGAUAGAAUAUCAAGCACCAAUUGGAAAUACAAAAAUAAAUUUGGAAAUUAUAUAAAAUAUAAAAUGAAGGAAAUUUACGAAGAAUUGGAUUUGCACACUGAAGAAGACCAAAAAGUCGCUAAAUGGCAUGCAGAAAUAAAACCAAGAUUAAUAGCAGCAGAGCAAAAGCCUCCAUUUCGUAUUUUUGAAUACGAAUCUCGAAUUUUACGCAGAUUAGAAACUAGUGACCGAAAAGGUCAGUUUGAUGAUAUUUUUCGACAAGAACCACCGAGUGAAGUGGCUCGAUAUUUUUCUGCAACGCUACAAUUGGUACGUAUUUCUUGA